GACGAAAGCGUAACAAUUGCUCAACUAGGACCAGUCGAAUACGACUUUGUUUUUCACCGUUUCGCCAACAACAGUGCGUCCAUUACAGAGAAAUAAGUUGCCGUAUAAUAAAGUGCCCCAAGGAUUCUAGUGCACGUGCGGGUCAGGAACAUAACGUGCUUUGGGAUGUUGGGAAAAGUUUUCCAUUUCACUAAUAUAAUUUUCCUCCCAUGAUUUCUCCGCGACGCGUCAUUCUGGUGUUCGAUUUAGAAAACAAAGUGCGUUUUUGAAAGGCGAUUAGUGAAUUGUUGGAUAACAUCCGGUGGGACAGUACCGAAACGGUGACGAAGACGAGGGGGGAACAUGUGUUCCAUGUUGAGUUCAGGCACCGUGCGAAAAAGGACAAGGUAUAUACGGUGGUAGUGUAGUUUGCGAAAAAGGAAGCAAGCCUCAGCACAAACAGGAAGGAAGGAAGAGGCGUGUGUGUGUGUUUCAUAGUACGUUGGAACGGAAAAGCGGUUGGAGAGGAGGAGAGUGUUUGUAGCAUGCAAAGAAAAUUUUGCCGAGCAAAGGCAGCGAUGACAGCACGAGUUUAACUUGUGGAAAUGUUGAAACGUGAAUAAGGUUUUAUUUUUUCUAUCACUUUCCUUGGCGCUUGCCGAAUAAUAUACAGCACGAUAGGCAAAGAAGUGCCACACAUCCUUAAUACAUCACAGUGAAUUAUUUCUCUGACGUUCUCCUAACCAAGCUGAUACGACACCGACAGUGUAUGAGAUCAAAAGUUCAGUCUUCUUUUUGUACGCAUACAAACGACGACAACCGGCUCGUUUAUGCGAAGUUGACGAAGAAAUUUACGACCCAGGGCUGAUACUCUCCAGAGCACGAACGGAACGGAACUUGUGCUGUACUGCCAUCCUCGCACCCAUCCCCAACGCACAUUUGUACAAACACGCAAACAAACCAAACAACGUGAAACCAUCCAGAAGAUAAACUAGCAUAGAAGAUCAUAGAAUGCACAUAACCGCAGUUGCAAACUCAUAAAAGGUUCAAACGAUCCUGUAUUAUAGUGCAGUUACCAACAAAGGGGGAAAAGAGGAGCGCAAUAGUUGGAACAAGUCCCAGAAGCAGGAGCCGAACGACGAUUUUCAGGAGGCGGUGAAAAUGAAAUUGAAUGGUUUCGUAAAUGUUUUAUGCUUCAAACUGGUGCUAAUUAUAAAUUUAGCAAAUGGGAAAUUGAUGCACGAUAAGGACAAACACGAGCCUUACAGCGUGGAAGGCGUGGAAGGACGCAAUAUCGAAUUACAAUGCCCAAUUACCGUCCCGAUGGCCGAGGUGAGCAUGGUGCUCUGGUUCAAAGACAAUGCCGGAAUUCCACUGUACAGCGUGGACGUACGUGACAGAGUUGCCAGACAACCAUCGCACUGGUCAGCGCCCGAAGUAUUUGGAUCACGUGCCAAGUUCAAUAUUGAUAAAUCGCCGGCUUCGCUGCUGAUAAAGAACCUCAAACGCCACGAUCAAGGCAUAUAUCGCUGCCGAAUAGACUUUAGAACGUUACAAACCCAAACACAUCGCUACAACUUAACAGUAAUAGUGCUUCCGGAGCAACCGGUGGUUCUGGAUCGCUGGGGUCGACUGAUGAACGGAACCAAGCUCGGUCCGAAGGAGGAAGGUGAUGACAUCGUCAUAACAUGUCGCGUUUCUGGAGGUCGACCCCAACCUGAGGUCCGAUGGUUGAUAAACGGCGUAAUCGUGGACGACCAGUUUGAGCACAAUUCCGGAGACAUCAUCGAGAACCGGCUGCUGUGGCCAACGAUCCAGCGCAGUGAUCUAAACUCCAUAUUCACCUGUCAGACCAUGAACACCCGGCUAGCUGAAGCAAAGGAAACCAGUUACGUGCUGGACAUGCACUUAAAACCGCUUACGGUGAAAGUAAUCGAUGCCCCUGAUGCCAUAGUGGCCGAUAAGCGUUACGAGGUGUCCUGUCAAAGCACCGGUUCUCGACCUAACGCAAUCAUCACCUGGUACAAGGGUAAACGUCAAAUGCGGCGUACCAAAGAUGACAUAAUCAGUCAUAAUACAACCAUUUCGACGCUUAGCUUCUCGCCUAGCACGGAGGACGACGGAAAAACACUGACCUGCCGGGCCGAAAACCCCAACGUCAAUGGGUUGUUCCUCGAAACGACCUGGAAAAUGAAUGUUGUGUAUCCGCCGAUUGUGACCGUACAACUUGGGUCCACACUUGCUCCCGACGACAUCAAGGAAGGCGAUGACGUUUAUUUUGAAUGCCAUGUAAAAUCCAACCCUUCGUGGAGAAAGCUGCUCUGGUUUCACGAUGACACGCUACUGCUACACAACGCUUCUGCCCGGGUUAUCCAAACCAACCAGAGUCUGGUACUGCAAAAGGUGGUAAAGCAAUCGGCCGGAUAUUACGCUUGCAGUGCAAUCAACGGCGAAGGGGAAACCGUCAGCAAUCAGCAGUUUCUAAGAGUAAAACAUGUCCCGGUGUGCAGUCGCGAGAAAACCGUCCUAAUUGGUGCAUCGAAGAACGAAAAUGUGGAAAUUUUAUGCGAGAUUUAUGCAGAUCCACCGGCCAGAUCCUUCCACUGGCGCUUCAAUAACUCCGCUGAAAUACUGAAAGUCGACUCGCACCGGUACUCAAACUACGGAAACUUUAGCGUGCUGCACUACACUCCAGUAACGGAACAGGACUAUGGAACGAUUACAUGUUGGGCAUCCAAUGAAAUUGGCACUCAGAAUGAACCGUGCUUAUUUCAAGUUACACUGGCAGAUCUUCCGGCACCGGUGACUAACUGCACCCUCUACAACCGAACGCAACAGUUUGCCGAGAUCCAGUGUGCGCCUGGCUAUGACGGGGGUCUACCGCAAAUGUUUAUGCUGGAAUUAGUAUCCAAAAGGAGCGGAACAAGAAGAUUCAAUUUCUCCAACAAGCAUGAACCGUACUUCUUCCUUGACCGACUGGAUAAGCUAGCAGGCCUGAUGUCGCUGGAAAACCACUCCCUGACGUGCGUGAUAUACUCCGUCAACCAGAAGGGACACAGUGCGGGUGUGGUUAUACCUGACUUCGAAAUCGGUCACAUUCGUCCGCUUCGGCUGGCGAGCAAACACUCAACCGAAUGGCUUCCAAUAGCCCUCGGAGUCCUGCUUACCAUCACAAUAUUGAUCCUCUCGAUAUCGACCAAAGCGUACCUCAGGCGCUGCUGGGCCAGCUGCUGUCGACGGAGAGAAGACGAACGGAGUGAUAUGAAAAUGGCACAGCAAACAAAAAAUAUUGUGAUAACCAGCGAUUUCGAGUGCGGAACUAACUGUUUGAAGCUGAAAAACGUGCAAACGCACAACCAGCAGCAGCUACGGGCCAGUUUGCGGGAGAAAAACACUUCAAAGGACUCGAAUGAUGACGAGCCAGAUCCGGAUGUGAUUCCGGCACGAUUCAAUAUGAUUUCGUCUUCCCCAUUGGCAUCGUCGCCUAUGCCUAGCACCAGAGAUAAGGACGACGGCUUCGCAUUUGUGGACUACUCGACCAACUCGUAUUAUCUGAACCCAAUAGAUCUAACCAAUCUUAGUAGCAACAUGUCUCUGGAGAGAGAAAGAGUGACUGCUAUCCAGCGUGCACCGUCGACUAUGCCAGGAAGUAGGAACGAUGAUAACCAUCAGCACGUAACGAUACCGAUUAGUGCUGCUGCCAACGGGUCUGAUCUGGAUAUCAACGUGAUAAAGGAUUGCCUGUUGACUACCCGGGUGCCUGAGAGCUGUGUUUGACCGGUAAUUUGGUUGGUUAACCAGAGGCUGUCAAUAGGUGGGAAACUGUGCAAUAUCGACUUGAUUUUCCUACUGUAGAUUAAAUCCUGCGCAUUGAAGCGUAACAUAUCUCUUUCCCUCAAUGACGUCGGUUUUCGACGAAACUUUUCGUCCUAGUGUGUGAAAUCUUGUGAAGGCGUCCUUUGGAGAAUAGAAUGAAAUAUAUAUCACUAUUUUACUAAAGUAAUAAAAAGAAAUUUUCAAAUUUUGUA